AGAUGCGAUCAGUUGUUACAGCGACGACCAGCGGAGCAGAUCGAGACCAAGUGCAAAAUAAGAUGAGACCAUAUCAGGCUGUUGUCGUUCUAGUGGCUGCUCUGCUGCUUCUGGAGGCGGCUCCCAUCGAGGCGAAGCGGCGCAAGCACAAGGGCUCUGACCACCACCACCACGACAAAUCAGACUCCCAGAAGACCAAGACCAAGACUAAGUGGUCCAGCUCCACGGACCUGGCCGGCAACACUCAGGUAUCCACCGAGGAGCAUGGCUACUACGUGAAGCGCACCUACGCCCCUCAGGCGGACGCUCAGAGCAGCAGACGGAUGAGUCCCCCCUUCCUGGCCAUACCCAUUGCCUGGUUCAGCUGCGAGCAGGGUCAGAAGGAUUGCCAGGCCACCAAUUCGGCUGCGAUCAACAGCGCUGCCCAAUCCCUCAAUGAGGGAUACCUCUGCGACGACGACUGUGCGGAUCUCUACGAGCCCGUGUGCGGCAGGACCCCCAAUGAGGUGGCCGUCUUCUAUAACCAGUGCAAGCUGAAUGUGGCCAAGUGCCGCUCCCACGGCCUCUGGUCCGAGCUGGCCUAUGCCGAGUGCCAGCAAACGUAUCCCAAGGAAACUGCCUGUGCCGACAAGAAGUUCAGAAGUUCCCCCUACUUCCGUGACAGUGCCACCGUCGAGAAAAUGAACCAAGAAAUGCAGAAGGAGAAGGAGCAGGACGAAAAGAAGAAGCAGGAGAAGGACAGCAGUGCGAGCAGCGAAGAGAACGAGGACAAGCAGCCCAAUCAGACGCCCAUUGAUCUUCCCUUGCCCCAGAAACCAAUUGGAGACGAGUCAUCAUCGCCUUCUGUGCCUGUCCCAGUGGCCGUAUCCACCCCCGUGAAGACUCCCGAGGAGAUUGCCCUGCCUCCCAUGCCCAUGAAGGCCACUCAAUCCCCAAAACCCUUGGUGAUCGCCAUGGCUGAGGCUGUUCCUGUGACAGAGCAGAGCCAACCCAAGGCCGACAACGAUAGACUCAAGUAUACGGUAGCCUAAAUUAGGAAUCCCAUUUAUAAAAUUAAUAUUUAUUUUAAUUUAAACAA